AUGUACCUACCGAACUACUUGUACCACAGAACCACCUCAUCCACCACAGCAAUCAUAGCGCAUAUCUUCACACUGACUUCUAUUCUACACAGAUCAUCUAUUCCAAACCACAAUGCCUACACCCCCAGCGAUAACGACCCUCAACCUCAACCACAACCCUCCCAACUACCGAUCACGGUCAACGCAGGUACAUCCUCGCAUAUGUGUAAAGCAGAGCUUGCCCUGUCUAAAUCACAUGUGCCUCUCCCCACGAAUAAAAAGAUCAGACGAAAGAUAACAAAAAGAAAAAUGCUGCAACUCAUACUGCACCCCAUAACCACAAUCCAACAAACAAGAAUACUUUCUUCGCUCAAUGCAACAACAAACAACGACGACUUGCGAUCGAUAUCUAACCGCGGGCUGGCUGUAAAAUGA